AUGGGCCCGGGCGGGGAACGGCCCGCGGGCGACGCCCUCUGCGAGCCCGGGGCGGAGGAGCCCGCGCUCCAGGAGGCGGACGGGGAGGCCGCCGCGGCCCUCGCGGGCGCAGGGGUCACCCCUGGCGAGCUGGCCGCGUGUGCGUCGGUGCUCCGGCGCCUGACAGCGGCCCGCGGGAGCGUGGACUGGGGCUCCCCGGCCCUGCGGGAGCUCCGGAAGGCGCUGGCGCCGCAUCUCGGCGAGGCCGCGGCGCGCCUCCCCCAGAAGGACCAGCUCGACGCCAAGGCGCGGGCCAAGUUCGAGAGGAAGUGCAAGCGGGAGCACAAACAGCGCCAGCUGGAGGCGGACCAGCGGUGGCGGGAGAACGCCCAGCUGCGCACGUCCCGGCUGUCGCAGCUGGAGGCGCUCACUGCUCCGCCGCCAGGUGCCGAUGUGGGCCGCCGCGCGCUGCCGCGCAUUCCGGACGGGCCGGUGCCUGACAGGCCAGGGCCCGCCGAGGCCGCCGAGGAUUCGGGAGACGACGGCGGCGUGGAGCCGCGCGGUGGGCAGAGCGCCCCGGAGGGUUCGGCGCAGUACACACGGCAGCAGUCGUGCUACAUCUGCAAGUUGCGCUUCUCCGAUGUGCACCACUUCUACUCGCACCUGUGCCCGCAGUGCGCGGCGCUGAAUUUCUCCAAGCGCCACCAGGCGGCCGACAUGACGGGGCGGGUGUGUCUCGUGACUGGCGCGCGAGUCAAGAUCGGGUUCGCAGUGUGCUUGAAGUUGCUGCGGAUGGGCGCAAGGGUGAUCGCCACCACGCGCUUCCCAGCCGACGCCGCGCGCAGAUACCGGGCCGAGAGCGACUCGGCCGAGUGGGGCGAUCGCUUGGCGAUCCGGGGCGUCGACUUCCGCUUCCUAGGGGCGGUCGAGGCCUUCUGCAAGGACCUGCUCGACGGCGAGCCGUGGCUGGACGUCCUGGUGAACAACGCGUGCCAGACCGUGCGCAGGCCUGCGGCGUACUACCAGCACCUGCUGGAGGGCGAGGCGCGCGCCGGAGCGCAGCCGGCCCUGGCGGCGGCCGGGCCCGGGCUGCUCGGACUGGAGGCGGAGCCUUCCGCUGCAGAGGCGGAGCCUGCGGGGCGGUCGCUGGAGCCGGGGAGCGCCGAGGAGGAACCGGCAGCCUUGCACGCGGCAGGACCCUGCAGCUCCCACCUGUCGCAGCUCGCCGUGCUGCCGGAGGACCAGAUGUCCUCCCCCGACGCCGCCUUGGUGCUGCCGGAGGGCGAGCGCGACGCACACGGGCAGCAGCUGGAUACGCGGAGCUCGAACAGCUGGCUGCUGAAGCUGGGGGAGGUGGCCACGCCAGAGGCGGUCGAGGUUUUCUGCAUCAACGCCCUCACGCCCUUCAUUCUGAACAGCCGGCUGAGACCUCUCCUGGAGCGUUCCCCACGCGCGGACAGGUACAUUGUCAACGUGUCGGCGAUGGAGGGGAAGUUCUACCGUUGGAAGCAGCCGACACAUCCGCAUACUAACAUGGCAAAGGCAGCCCUAAACAUGAUGACGCGCACCAGCGCGGAGGACCUUGCAAAGAGCAGCGGGAUUUUCAUGAACAGCGUGGACACUGGUUGGAUCAACGACGAGAACCCUUUGCCGACGGCACAGCGCAUCGCCCAGGAGCACGGUUUCCAGACGCCCAUAGAUGAGGUGGAUGCCGCGGCGCGCAUUCUGGACCCUGUCGUCCUUGGGGUGCGAGCCGUGUCCACCGGCAAGCUGGGCGGCGAGGACGGAUGCAAAUUACCCCUCUCAGGGUGCUUCCUGAAAGACUACGGCCCCACCGAGUGGUAA